AUGGCCGAAAACGAAGACUUCGCUGACGCUCAAGACGCUGCACAAUUCACUAGCACAGCCAUGAUCCAAUCCGUAUUUGGAAAGAUGCCGUUCCCAAAUUUACAAUCAAUCACAAACAUAGAAAUGUUCUUCACGAAAUUAGAAAGUUGGUUUGCACUACAAGGACUUGGUGCACGAAAAGAACAAGAAAAGUUCGCUGCAGUCAUCGCCUACGCAGACCCCAAAUACCUGGAACAAGUACACGAUCUUGUGAACAAUCCACCCGAAACAGCCCCUUAUUCCACCUUAAAGGAAGCGAUCCUUUCAAAGUUUACUGACUCGGAAAUGGUACGUUUGGACAGACUUGCAACUGGAAUGCAGCUCGGCGACAGCCGCCCAAGCCACUUACUCUGCCAACUGCAGCAAACCAAGGCAACCUGCGACGAAUUAGUCGUACGACGCUACUGGAUCAAACGUUUGCCUCCUCCCGUGAUUGUCGGCAUGAUAGGAAGCUCACCGCAGACCAAACUCUCACAACUUGCAAAAGCAGCCGAUGCAGUUAUGGAUUCCUUAAACGACGAUGCGGCUGACCACGUAUAUGCUUUUUCAAAAAACAAACAACAGCAGUCUCAUCAAGAAGAACGCAUCAUAGCGCUGACUAAACGACUCGACGAUAACGACAAGGCUCUGCAGCAGAGUUACUAA